AUGCGGACACCGCCGCAACAACACGCCGUCCACACACCUCCGCACGGAAUAUCUGCCCAGCCGUUGGCAAUGGCCCAACAGCAGCACCAACAGCUGCUCCAGCAAUCCCAGCAGUCCCAGCAACAGAGAAGCGUCAAGCGCCCGAGACCAGUCAAGUCUUGCACAGAGUGCCGAAAACGAAAGUUGAGAUGCGAUCGCCUUCUUCCGUGCUCCCAAUGCCAAAAGUCAAGUCGCAUUUGUAAAUACGCUGCCGACCAUGACCCAGCAAACCUGUCAGAUGCCUCCGACACCGAGGCAGUGGAUUCCGUGAGCAGGCCGAUCAAGAGAACCUGUCCCCCCGGCUCCGGCUCCGGCUCCGGCUCCGCAAACGCAAACGCAAAUGCAAACGCAAACGCAAACGCAAACAACCCAUCCGGUAUCAACGAAGCCGCAGCAACACCGGCCAAGAAUGGCGGAUCCCCGGGCCUGCCCGUGCUGGAAGAAUUGACCUUAAGAAUGGAGCGGCUGGAAAGGCACAUGCAGGGUCGCAGCCCUGCCCCGACAGACAUGAGUGGAGGCAGGAUCCUGUACGCAGCCGAUAGUACCGUCAGAGGGUUGACCGUCAAACGAGGCGGCAUGACGACUCGCUUCUUUGGCCAACAUAGUCCAAGAGUAAUGCUUAAUGUGUUUCCAGAAGCGCGAGCGUUUCUUUCGGGACAACUUCAAAGGAACGCCGUCGAUGUACUUCUUCGAAACUUUCGACUUUUGCACAAACAUCGGCAAGACGAAUUGCACAUGGCAAUGAAGCCCAUAACUGUAUUUGUCGAUUCGAUGAUGCCGGUGCAUAAGCGCAUGACGGAUAUCCUCCCGAAAAAGGACAUUUGUGACCGUCUUGUCACAAUGUACUUUGAUACCUCGGAGACUAUAUACAGAAUCCUUCACGCGCGGACGUUUUAUGACGCAUACAACAUGUAUUGGGAGGGCAAGCUGCAAUCCGAGACGUUUUUACCCCAGCUUCUCUGCGUCUUGUCCGUCGCCUCCCGGUUCGAAACCAAGUCGAGAGGCAUGGGUCACGAGCGUAGCGAUGGGGUUCACAUACCCACUGCAUGCGCCCUCAUUCAGAGCUGGCUGGAUAACCUCAAGGGCAAGCAGCUCGUUGACAUUAGCACGGUGCAGGUGCAGAUUCUGCUGAUACACGCGUCCAGAAUGAUUACCCCGAGACUGCAGGACUCGUGGACCAAGCUGGGCUACGUGCUCAGGCUGGCGAUGAGCAUGGGUAUGCACCGAGACCCCUCCGAAUUCGAGCCUAGGAUGCCGGUGUUUUGGGGCGAGAUACGCCGGAGACUUUGGUUCACCUUGGCGGACAUGGACCUGCACAUGUCAAUCGCCUGCAACAUGCCCUCCCUGCUUCGAGACGGCGACUUUACCUGCAAACCCCCUCGAAACCUCAACGAUUCCGAAAUCUUCCUCAGCAUGCAUGAGUUACCCACGACGCGACCCAUCGACCAGAUGACGGACAACCAGAUGCAAGUCUAUGCAGCCAUAACACUUGCUGCCCGAAUGCGGGUUGCUCCUCUCGUCAACCGCAUCGACUCUCUCCGAGAUUUUUCCGAGGUCCUGGACGUCGGAACCAAGCUAGAGCGCUUCCUCGACGACAUCAACUACAUUUUCCCGCGGCAGGGCUCAUACAGCGCCUCCCAGAAGAGCAAGCAGUGGAGGAGCCGCGUCAUCCUGGACAUGCACGUGAGGCGGCCGCUCCUAGCGCUCUACCGACCUCUGGCCUUGGGAGCCGCCGACGUGCCGUUGGAGAUAUCGCGAGCCUUUCUGAAAUCGUCGGUCGUGAUACUAAAGUACAUGGAUGAGCUGGAUCCGUCACUGGCACAGUUUCACGAGGUUGCGGAAAUGUAUCACCAGAUUCUGAAACCCGACAUUAUCUAUUCGUCACUGAGCCUCUGCUACUACAUCCAGCCCGCUGUCCGGCAGAAUUCCGAACUGCUGGUGCUGGGCAACUCGGGUGGCCAACACGUGCCGACAGAAACCUCGGACGAGCUGUCCUUGAGCUCUGGCGAGAGCAUGGUGCCGUGGUCACCACUGCGCCUGAUAUCGACGGUUCAGGAAAGCUUGGACCUGCUCAUCAAGUUUAUGAGUGGCAGCGAUACCAAGGAUAUCUUGUGUGUUGCCACCGUCUUGGAGAGCGUCAAAUGCCCUGACCCAAAGGUUCAAGACAUGACGCGCAAUCUUUACGCCGUGCUUGACGCUUGCUUACGGUCAUCGGGCAUGACAAAGGACAAACUCCGCUCGGUAACCAUGGAUCAUUACGGUCCCGCAGAUUCGUACAUGCACGGUCAAACAUCGUACGGCUAUUCAAACAGCAAUAUGGGACAAGGGAAUGCGACUGCCCAUCUUGCGGGAUGGACCUUGUGGGAAGGCUGGGACUUGUAG